AUGGAGACGAUCGAGAGCUUGGUGUCGCCACACAACACAGGGGACAGUGACCCGGAGUGGGAGAAGCCGGACGACGACAUUGCUCUGGCCCGUGCUACCCUGGCACACAAUGUUGCGGCCCAUGACGACGAGGCCGCGAACUCCACCCUGAGCUCCUUCACCACGGUGGACCUGGAUAGCACCUCGCUGGAUAUGAGGAUCCAGGAGAUGAAUGCGGCUAUGGCUCGCCUCAUGAAUAAAGGGGUUGAGAAGGUGGAGGUCAAGGAGGAAGUGGUCAGCGAGGAGGCCAUGGACUUGGACCCCCCCGCUGCCCCAGGUGACUUUGUCCCUGAGGUGCCGACCACAGGUGACUUCGUCCCUGAGGGAGGUACUUCAGAUGUGGCUAUGGGCAGUGCUGAUUCUGCCAGGGCCAGGCCUUACUCAUCCCUUCCCGCCGGCACCCUGGAGGAGAAGGUCUUCAAGAUCGAGGGCUUCCCGGAUGACUUCCCGGGCAUUGGCAAGAGGAGUGCCGAGAUGGCACAGCAGUUGACCAAGGAGGAAAUCGCCUCCCUUUUCUCCCAGUUGAAGACCGAGACCUGGACCCGCCCGGCUGUGGAACGAGUCCUUGAGGUGUACCAGAUCUACAAGAGGCAGGUGGCCCAGCAGAAGAUGUUGGCCGCACCGUUCAACCGUGCCCGCAGAGGUGUGGUGGGUCAACUAGACCCCGGGUCCACGGGGGCUACUCUCAUGUGCCCCAGCUGCUUCGCCGACUGGCAGAGGCAGGACAACAAGGUCGAGGGCAAGUGCAAGCUUUGCCAGAAGUUUGUCAUUGCCGUGGACAAAGGCCCCCCAUCGGCCGAGAUCAAGCUGGGCUCAUCCUCCUGGUGGAUGUACUGUGGCUCGCAGGGUGUGUCUUGGCACACAGAUGCUGAUGAGGCCCAGAGGGAGGCUGCCUCCGUGGACAUUGGCUCCUGGGCACAGCCACCACCGAAGCCCACGGACCAGAAGGAGCUAAGCUUUGCCGACCAGGUGCCCAUGGCCCUGAGGCUCAGCCUGGCGCACACGGUGGCGAGCCAGCCCUUUGACGAGGUGCAGUUUGCUGAACAGGGGGUGGGGUCGCGACCACACCUCCAGGAAGACUGGCAGGCGAGCCAGGAGACCAGGGCUUUUCACCCCCAACUCGCAGCAGCCCUGGACAUCCAAAAGAAAAGCGCGGGCCCGGUGGCAAAAGAGCCAAGGAAGCCCACGGAGGAGGAGUUCCUCGAGCGCGUCAACCCUCAGCUGGACGUGAUGGUGGAGAUGCAGGCGGGCGCGCAGAGUGUGGACGAGCCCAAAGGGGCCGCUAUCCUCCGGCACCUUGACACGGAGAAGUUGCACUCGCUGCUCAAGCGCAACUACUUGCAAGGCCCUGGGAACCAGGGUGAGGAGUUUUCGCAGCGCAGACUACCCUCGAGGAGGCCAAGGCGGGCGGCGCGCUCGCAGAUCCUCCGCCCCCAGGUCGACUCCAUUGACACCUGGGGCCCGCAGUUGCGCGCGGCCCUCGAGAUGAACGUUUUCAAUCCGGAGGCGCCCCUUAAGGAGAUGGAGCUCGAUGACAUCGAGACCACGAAGAGUUGCCCACUUUGGCUGCUCUUCAGCGAGAGGGUGACAGUGUCGCGCGGGAGUCUGGCGGGGGACUGUCUUCCACAGACGCCUUUGGCCCUGAGGAGCAGUCUCCUGAAGCUCUUCUGCGUCGCAGUGGGCUCGGUCGAGUUCCAGAUUUUGCGCCUCAAGCGGAUCAUCGAGCUGCACAUGGGGGAGCAGCGAAUGAUCGGGGGCAAGUGGAAGAAGAUGCGGGGCCCCCUGGAUGCCCCAUCUUGGGCCAAGCCGCUCCCGGAGGCGGAGAAGCUCAUGCUGGAGAUGAGGACCCAUCCCAGCUCCUUCAGGCAGCCUUUCUUCGAGCCGAUCGCCCUCACCAUGGAGGAGAUUGAGGCCCAGGUUGCCAUGGGCACAAGACCGGCCCUGAGUGACAUCAUGGGGCCCUUCCAUGCGAAGGGGGAGGAUGGCACCCAUGCAGACGUGGGAUCUGGUAAGCCUCUUCUCCUGCUUUGGCCACACUUACACAGCCAGGAGGCCAAGAAUUUCAUCAUGCUCAACGACCUCCCUCCGCCCACGACGGACCUGGAGUGGAAGCAGCUCUAUCGCGAGAUGGGAAGUUUCUUUGCUGCCAAGGUUUUCAUCAGCCGCACGCCCCAAGUGGUCUUAGACCUCCCUGUUGCGGACAUUCACGAUUCGCGGGAGCAUCUCCGGCUGCGAGCCGUCUGCGACGAAAGGAUUACCCUGCCCCUCAAGGCGUUCAGGGACUUCCCGGAGGUCUACAACUCCCUCUCCACCUCCCUGGGCCAGGAGGCGGUGGUGGAGGUCAAAAUGGCGUGGCGCUGCAAUACUGAGCAGCGGUGGACAGCCCGCCUCAAGCCGGAGUACGCGGGCCCCAUCUACCGCAAGCUGGGCCACGCGGAGAGCUACAUCCAGGGUCUUGGCCUGGGGGACUUGGACACCGCAGCUGCCUUUGGCGCUGAAAGGAUUCCCUUGCACCACGGGUCGGACCAGGAGCACGCCCUCCCGCCCAUCACCCCGGACAAUGUCUCGAGCGUGGCCUCGGACGACUACAAAAAGAAGAAUGCGGGUGACAAAACUGCCCAUGUCUUCUGGGCGAGGAUGGAGUGCGCAAGCAGAUUCCUCUUGAUCACGGGGGAACACCGGGGCAAGGCUGCUCAGAUCCAGCUCAUUUUGGAUGAGCUCCGGUUCAGCAAGACGAACCUCAUGGGCCAUGUCUCGGAUCUGAUUUGGUCUGUGGUGCUCUGCAACCCGGAGAAGGACGGCGUCAAGAAGAUCCACGAGAUGGCUGCAUCCGGGGUUCGCCCGGCCUGA